AAUGCCUAAGAGGUCUACGGCACAAUGAGCCGCGCGAUGGUCCAUUCUAUUUACCAACACAAACUUUGAUUUCUUGUCACAAACUGCUAAUGCAUGACGUUUCUCGAAUGAUCAAGCUUUUCAGAGUUUUCUCUUGGCAGGGUCUCCCUUCUCGAGUAUCUUGGAAUAUAAGAUCGAUGGACUCUCUGUCGUUCUCUUUGGUUUAGGCUUUUCUUCUUUCUCCUCAGCCUAUCGUUUCGGGGCAGCUUUUCAUACCUGACCCUAAGAAGUUUCGAAAAGGAGUCACGAGUGUUUUGGCUGCGAUAAUACCGACAAAAUGAUACGGGCAAGCAAGCCGCUUGUUCUGCUCUCCAUUGUGAGCGGUGCAUAUUCCCUCGUUGCACGUGAUGGCGGAUGCAACUUCACGCUUUCAACAAACGGCUCAUUCACCGGCCAAGUUGGCCAAUAUGACGGUGGUCAGACUAAAGGGGGGCUCCCUGGAACUAAUGUCGGACAAUCCAGUUUUGUUCUGAAUGGCAAUACGCUGUCUGAUGGUCAAGGCCGUGGUUGUUGGUGGACGCCCCCAAGUACCAUACUCCAAUGCGACCUCGGCCAAAGCCCCGAAGGCGGAUUUGCUAUCGGCUGCAACGGAGAGCUCACGUUCAAUGGCCAGUCUGCUUUCUGGCAAUGUGCUACGGGAGAGGACGGUGUGGUGAUGAUAUAUCUUGCACCUGGAGGAAGCAACUGUAACCAGAUUUCCUUAAUCGCUAGUGGGUGUCUGCCUUCCUCAUGCGGUUCUGGCUCUGGAACUACUCCGGGCAUAGGCUCAACAUACCCUGGCGCAAGCGGAACAGCCCCGGGUGGAGGUGGUACUACAUCGCAAGGCGCAGGUUCAACUUAUCCUAGCGUAACUGAGUCUGUCCCACCCGGUGGUACUGGGACAACGCCGCCCCAGGAGACUGGCAGUGGUCCCGGAGGUGCCAGCUCGACAUAUCCUUCGUCGCCUGACACGACGCCACCUGGUGGAGGUGCUUCCCCAUCUUUGCCGAGUGGUUCCGAAGGCGGCUCAAGUUCAUGUAUGCCGGAGACCACCACACUUUUCGUUACCGUAUCAAAUACAGAUUGCGUUUCGACAGUCACUGAAUGUCCAGAACAAAUUCCGCCCACUGGUCCUCCAGCAUCUCCACCUCCAGAGAUGAGUCCACCAGAAACACCAGUAACCACGCAGGAGCCAAGCCUGGAAACGUCGCAGCCGGAGUUUUCGCUAACCCCAAGAUAUCCAAGAAUGGUCAUUCCUUCUGUAGAGACACUUACUAAGCUCAUGACACCUCCGGAGACACCCACCACGCCGUCGAUGCCUACUAUCCCUCCAGAAACGCCAAGUAAACCUCCGCCGUCGCUACCGCUUCUUCCUCCAAAGACACUGACGGCAAAUCUGACCUGUACUACGUCUCCUCCUGUGCAAACAAGCGAGACUUACCCGGCCACCCCUCCAACGAUCACAGUUACUAGGUCUGAGACAGUUACGGUUUCCGAGUGCCCGUCGAAAUCAACGUCGUCCCGGAAUAUGUAUAACAGUACUAGCGUCCCAAGUACCCCCGGUACUUCGCCGCCCGGUAUUCCUACUACACCCAGCACAACACCUAGGGUUCCGACAACUACACCUGAGGUCCCUGGAACGACAUCUACGACUCCUGGUGUGACAACACCAUAUCCUACCACAACCCCUAGAUAUCCUAACACAACUAUUGGAUAUCCUACAUCACCUCAGGUACCUACUUCGUCAGCUACAGUACCAACCACGUUGCCCGGAGUGCCUACAACAACACCGAGGGUACCUACGACAACACCUGCUACUUCACCUAGAUAUCCUACUAGUCCACCUGGAGUACGAAACACAACGGCUACAACUCCUGGAGAGUCAACAAGUGUCCCUUGCUAUCCAACAGGGCCGCCGCCGCCGCCUGCAAGACUGCCCCUUCCUCCUCCGGGACCACCACCCCCUCCCUAUCAAGGGCCACCACCUCCUCCGCCGCCUGCAGGAACGCCUCCUCCUCCUCCAGGGCUGCCGUCUCCACCUCCAGGACCACCGCCCCAUCAAGGACCACCGCCGCCUCCUCCAGUGCCGCCGCCCCAUCAAGAACCACCACCCCCUCCACCAGGGCCGCCGCCCCAUCAAGGCCCACCGCGUCCUCCAGGACCGCCUCCUCCUCCGGGACCACCGCGUCCUCCAGGACCACCACCUCCUCCGCCGCCGCCUGCAGGACCGCCUCCUUCUCCUCCAGGACCCCGCCGCCGAGCCAGCCGGGACAUCCCAAUGUACCACCUCCGUAAGCAACGCCCUCGUCUCAGGCCACCAGCGCUCAAGGUUACCCCACUGCAGCACCACCACCCGCAGCACCCGGUAACAAACAGGGAGAUAACGGUUGGCUAGGGGCAGAGGGACGCAAGGGUUCAGGCGAGCAGCCCAAAGGGCCACUCAGAGUGCUCGGGCAAAGGUGGUAAUAGGAUAUAGGAAUAGCAAUAGGUAGCCAUGAUUAAGUCAGACUAUUUCUUUUGUCAUUGAGACAUAGUCCCGACUCGUAUAUCUUAGCCUUUGUGAAUUAUUAGUAUAUUGUCUAGGUACCUAAGGUAUGUUAAAGAAAAACAUGUUUUUUCUUUAUUCAU